UCCUCUUGGGAGUCUGCACAGCUGACUGCUGACUGCUGGAGACAGCCUUGCCCCACUUACUAAAGCUGUGCCUUAUCGCCAGUUCAUCUUCAAAUCUGGGAGGAAGCUCCCUGCAUCUGCCUGCACGACUUUUUCCUUCUCUCUGCUAAGUAGCUAUCAGAAAUCACCAUGCCACGAAUCGUUGAAUGCGUACCAAAUUUCUCCGAGGGCAGAAAUAAAGAGGUUAUUGAAGCUAUAGCAUCUGCCAUAGCUCAGACAUCAGGAUGCAGCCUCCUUGAUGUGGACCCAGGGGCCUCAACAAACAGGACUGUAUACACUUUUGUGGGAAGCCCGGAUGCUGUUAUAGAAGGAGCGAUUAACGCUGCAAGAGUAGCCUACCAGUUGAUUGACAUGAGGCUGCAUCAAGGAGAACAUCCUAGAAUGGGUGCUAUGGAUGUGUGUCCCUUCAUUCCUGUCCAGGAUGUGACAAUGGAAGAUUGUAUUGCAUGUGCUAAGGAGUUUGGGGAGAGACUGUGUGUUGAACUUGGCGUUCCAGUGUAUUUGUAUGCAGACGCAUCAACCUCUGCUCACAGGAAGACACUGCCUCAAGUUAGAGCUGGGGAAUAUGAAGCUCUGCCUGAGAAAUUAAAAGAUCCAUUGUGGCGACCAGACUAUGGUCUUACAGACUUUAUUCCUUCUUGGGGUGCUACAGCAGUUGGGGCAAGGAAGUUCCUUAUUGCAUACAAUGUGAACCUUUUGGCUACAAAGGAACAGGCACAUAGACUUGCACUCAACAUUCGUGAAAAUGGAAGAGGAGAUGAGGAGCCUGGGAGACUAAAAUCUGUGCAGGCCAUUGGCUGGUACCUGGAGGAGGCGAAUAUGGCUCAGGUGUCUGUCAACAUUACAGACCAUGAAGUAACCGGAAUUCAUCAUGUGUAUGAGGAGUGCGUCAAGGAUGCUAAGGAUCUAGACUUGGCUGUUGUGGGAUCCCAAAUAGUGGGACUGGUGCCUUUGCAAGCUAUGAUGGACACUGCAGAGUACUACAUGAAGGCUGAAAACCUCUUCAUUUUGGAGGAAGACCAGAAACUCAGACUGGUCAUUAAUAGAUUAGGCCUGAAUUCACUCGGAGCAUUCAGUCCCAAGGAAAGGAUCGUUGAGUAUAUGAUUCAGCCAGAGAGAGAAGGAGCUCUGGUUGGCAUGGAUCUCAAGGACUUUAUCAUGACUGUUGGGUCUCGGUCACCAUCACCUGGAGGGGGCUCUGUGGCUGCUCUAUGUUCAUCUUUGGGUGCUGCUUUGGGUUCCAUGGUUGGGUUCCUGAGUUAUGGUAACCGCAAGUUUUCCAAUAUAGAUGGUGAAAUGAGACGCCUGAUUCCACCUCUGUACAAAGGCAUGAAAGACUUGAUUCCAUUCAUUGAUGCGGAUGCUGCUGCUUUCAGUGAAUUUAUGCUUGCAACAAAGUUGCCGAAAAAGACUGAAGAAGAGAAAAAAGAGAGGGAGGAGGCCAUGAGGCAAGGCAUGCUGACUGCUGUUCAAGUGCCAAUGUGUGUGGCUCAGAUUGCUAAUGAAAUGUGGCCACACUUGAAGGAGAUGGCUAAAAUUGGCAAUAUCAACUGCAAAUCUGACCUCCAGACGGGAGCUCACAUCCUUGAGACAGGUGUUUGGGGCGCCUACUACAAUGUUCUCACCAACCUGGAGCAGAUCGAGGACACAGAUUUCACCAACAAGGUGAAAGGUGAUAUUGAUCUUGCUAUAGCAAAAGCUCAAAAGGAAAAGGCUGAGGUGCUGAAAAUCCUGUCUGAACGCAAGGAGUGAGCAAAAUGUUCUUUCUUACCAGUUGAUAUGGCUUGAUGAAAUUUCAGUGUUAGAUCACUGUUCCCUUAGAAAAGUAUUAUUAUUUUGUGUAAAACUUUAAUCGAUGCCUGCCGUUUUGUAAUCACCGGUCUUAACUGACGUUAUUUGUUUACAAUAUAUGUGAGAUAUCCAUAUUGUGAUUGCUGCUUGUGGACACCAGUUUGAUGACAUAUUUUACCGACAAAGUUGCCUCGAUACUUCGAUAUUGUGAUUGUGGUACUACUGCUGCGACUGUUUCAUUUUUAAAAAAUUUUAUCGUCAUAAUCUUUAUUAUCAGGUCUUAAAAUUGCUCAGGUCAUUACUUCUGGUCGAAUAUUAUAUCCAAGUUUGAAGAUGUAAUGGCUGUCAGAGGUUGUUUAGUUUUCAACAGCUGUUUUCUCUUUUACUCUUUAAGUUUUCAUUUCACACCUGUGUAUUGGAGGAAAAGUAAUUCUCCUACUCUUUAUACCACUCAGCUUUAAAUGGCUGUUCUUUGCCUACAUCUAAUAUUGAAAACAGUAAAAUAUAACAGUAUUUUUAAAAGGUCCUAAUAACUGGUUACCCUGUACCCAUUCAAGCAGCUAUUUUAAAAAGAUAUUUCAGAAUGCAGAAGUUUGAAGUACUCUGCUACAGACAGAACUUUUACAGUACUUCUGUACAACAGACAACUCUUCACUUGUCAGUCCAAGUAAUAUAGUCGUAAAGGUCUUCUUUGAUAACAAUAUAAUUGCGUAGUGUUUAUACUUGACUAGACAGGUACAUUACAAUAAAAAGAAUUAUAUGUCUUAAAAUGUGAAACAUGGUCAGGCUCACCACAGCAAGUGAAAAUGUCUAACAUUCUGAGUCCAAAUGAGUUACCUGUGGUGUAUCUUUACAUUGGUCUUUGAAAUUUGGGCAGAUACGUCACAUGACAUUUAUUUUAUAUUUUGUAUCAGUGCCACUACAUAGCUCUCCAUACAAUGUGGGUUUUUUUAAUACUCUGUAUUUGAAAGAUGAGCAGAAAAGUCUAGUGGAGAAUCUAAAUGUUCAGUCGCUGUUCAAAAGAAUGACUAAAAGGGUUUUAACAAAUAUUUUUAAAAUACUCAAGAACAGAUUGGCAUCAGUAUUGAAAGAAUGCGUUGUAAGUUUUAAAAUGGACCAGACUAGACCCUUUGAUUUCUUAUGUUUUCUUUUGUUUGUCUUAAGGAAACAAUUGUGCCGAUAUUAGUUUCAUAUUUACUUUCUGUCGCUUGCAAUAUGGUACAAUGGGUGGAGAAAUACAUCUGUUAAAAAUGUUGUUUAUUGAGGAGCCAUUUCAUUUUUAUCUGCAUUCCAAAAGCUUGCCGCCAUUACUGAAAAUAUUUUUU